AUUUCAACUUUUAAAUUUUUUCAGUUUAUUCCAUUAUUUAUAUAAUAUAAAAUAAUAAAAUGUCAACACCAAUUACAGAAGGAGGAUUAUCAGACUUAAUCUAUGUAGAAAAAACAGAACGUUAUGAUAACCAAAAUUUAGUUGUCCAAGUUAUUAAAACUAAACAAUCCAAUACAGCCAAUAGUUUAGAAAUUCAUUUAUCAGACAAACAAUAUAUUUUUGUUGGUAUUAUUAAAGUUAAUGAUGUAUCAAUUGUACCAAUGUUUUCAAUAAUUAGAUUAAAAGAUUUUUCAAUAAAUUUUCCAAAGAGAUUCCUCAGUAUUUUAGAUUUUCAAGUAAUUGAUAAAUCACCAAAAGAAAUCCUCACUUCAGGCAAAAACUUAUCGUAUCAUCCAGUUUAUAAAAAACAACAAGAUCAAAAUCAAAAUCAAAACCAAAAUCAAAAUCAAAAUCAAAAUCCAAACCAACAACAAUACCAACAACCACAAUUCCAACAACAACCACAACAACAAAGAUCUGCUCCAAGACCAAAUCUUACAUCAACACCAACUAAAAAUAAUAAUUUUAUUCCAAAACCAUCUCAAGGCUCACUGCCAUUCCAACCACAACAAAAAUAUACUAAACCCCAACCAGAUUCAGAAUCAGUCUUAAGAUCCCAUGUUUCCGAUAUUGCAGAUAUUAAUGAACACAGUAAAGAAAUUACAAUUAAAGCUAUGGUAAUGGAAAGAAUGCCAAGAAAAUCAUGGAAUAAAGGUGGUGAUAACUCUGGUGAACUUUUUAGUGUCAUUUUACAAGAUUCGACUGGUAGCAUCAAGGCCACAUGUUUUUCUUCAAAGAGUAAUCCACUACCAGCUUUUGACGAUCUUUAUGAAAUGCUCGAAAAGAAAAAGGUAUUUAAAAUCCAAGGUUUCUAUGCCAAAAAAGCAAAUAAAGAUUUUAGUAGACUCCCACAUGAUUACGAAAUUACAUUUAAUGCCUCUACUGCUAUCGUUCCAGUCGAUGAAGAAAUGGAUAUUUUUUAUGAUUUUAGAAACAUUGAAGAUUUAUCAAACGUAGAAACUGGAACCACCUGUGACGUUAUUGGUGUUGUCUCCGAUUGCAAUUUAAAUCAAAGAUUCACAUCAAAAAACAAUAAACAAUUAGUAAAGAGUAGUAUUAAUAUCAAUGAUACAACCGGAAUCAUUGAGGUUAUAUUUUGGAAUGAAGCAGCUGACAUUGAUGUCAAAGAUGGUGAUAUUAUCGCUAUUAAGAACGCCAAAGUCAACACCAAUUUUAAUAACAAAUCUCUCAGUGCCUCAAGCUAUGAAAUUAACAACAAUGCCAUCGAAAGAACUUCCCAACUUCGUCAAUUACAAGCCAGCAGCUCCCUCUACACUGGCCAAUCAAUUUCAAAAGGAAAUUCCGCAUAUACCAGUAUUCAUGUCCCAAUUUUUGUUAUUAAAACUCUUCCAGAAGAUUCACCAAUCUUCUUUACUAAAGAAAACAACCAAAAUGGAGGUUACAAACAUCAAUAUCGUGUUGUUGGUCAUUUAUCCCGUAUUCCACCAUAUGUAGCCCCAAAUGAUUCUGGAAAGAAAUAUCUUGAAUGGUAUUACGAUGCUUGCACCAAAUGCAAGAAAUCUAGUGCUUCUCAUAACAAUCAAGACUGUGAAGACUCUGCCUAUGAAAAAAAUUACAAAAUGCAAUUCAAACUCUCUGAUGAAAGUGAAUCAAUUCAAAUUGAUGUCCUUGGUAAUACAUGUGAAAGACUCUUAGGUGUCAACCCAAAUACAAUGUAUGAAUAUGUAGGAGGUGAUAACCAAGAUGAAAUCAAUAAAAUCUUUAACAAAGUAUUUGGUGCUUUAUAUGAAGUCACAAUUCAAGUAUCAAAAUACAGAGCAGUAAACAAAGAUGGAGUGGAUGUUGUCUACACACGUUUCAAUGCAACCCAAAUACAAGAAGUUUCCACAGAUUGCUUAAACAGAAUAAUCAUCGAUAGCUUUGAUCAAUGCAGAUUAUUCAACAAAGAAUAAAAAAUAAAAAAACCAACAGUUUUAUUUUAUAAUAAUUUUCAAUAUAUAUAAUAUUUUUACAAUUUAAUAAUAUGUAAAUUAAAUAAACUUUUUUCCUUUAAUCUCUAAAUAAUUUUAAAUAUAUAUAAU